CGAGACCCCAGCAUCAGGGCCCCCGAUGUCUCCUGCAGGCUCGCAGUGGGGCACCGCGCUGUGGGGUGGGGGGGCUGUGAGUAGGGGGCACGGCCGCCGUGCCCUCGGUGGCUGAUUCCUCCCCACCGAGCUGGGCUGCAGGAGACUAAAUCGGGAGGCAGCCUGCGUCGCCGCAGCCCGGCCGUCAUCACGCGGCGCUGGGCUAAAAAUACCCGGGCGGCAGCCAGCGGGCCCGGGGUGCUGGUCCCGGGGUCCCCAGGGUCCCCAGGGUCCCCGGGACAGGGAAGGGGACAGGGACGGGCUGCGCCUUGCCCACGCAGGGGAUGCUGGCUGUGCCCCCCCCCCCCCCAGCUAAUGGGGUGUCCUUGGACCCCCGACCUGGGGUCUCAGAUCCCAUGGGGACACGGCGGCUGCUCCGAUUUCUGCUCCGGGUGUGGGUGUGUGGGGCUGGGACCGGUCCCAUCGCCCGGUGUCACACCCCGGUGCCGCGUGGCCCCCCCAUGAUGACAGCCCCCCAGCUCAGGGCUUCGUCGCCUGCUUCCUUCCCCUUUCCAGCCGCCCUGCGCAGCACGGUACACGAGCCACCCUGGGCGAGUGGGUGACGUGGGGACCAGCUCCUGGCCUGGGGGGGCUGCACCACAGCCCCCCGGGACCCCCAUCUCCGUGUGCCGUGCAUCGCCCUGUGCUCGGGGUGGGGGCCUGGCCCCAGCCCCUCUGUCGGUGCCAGCUUCCCCGUCCCCUCGCCGCGCGGCGUGACCGGCAAACAGGAAGCCUCCUCCCUUCCCGUCCCCGGCGCUUUCGCCCCGUCAGCUCCGCUGCCUUCGUGCCCCACGGCCGCUGCCUGCUUGCCGUGGGGCGCCCCACGGCACCGGGUCCCGCGGGCAGGGCGGGGGUCCGGGUGCGAGCCGUGCCGCUGCCCACCGCCCGUCCCCAGAUGCCGUGAGCCAUGUCGGACGAGAAGCCCCCGCAGCUGGUGGACUACUUCGUGGUGGCCGGACUGACGGACGCCUCGCGGCCGCUGGAGGACGAGAACCAGCAGCAGCGCCCGGCCCGGCCCAGCGAGCCCAUCACCGACGUGGCCGUCAUCAUCCGCUCGCAGGGCGAGGAGGUGCCGCACGGCUUCACCUGCAUCGAGACCACCACCUCGGGGCACCCCGUGGACCUCAACGCCGGGCUGCUCAACAACCCGCAGAUGUUCAUCUGCUACAAGCGGGGCCGGGACAAGCUGCCCCUCAUCGAGCUGGGGGUGCACUACGAGGGGAAGGACCGUCCCAAGCCGGGCUACACCAUCCUGGACACGACGCCCUACAGCCGCUCGGCCAACCUCAACUCGGGGGGCCCGGGGCACCAGCGCACCUUCCUGGUGUACCGGCGGGCGGCCGAGCCCCAGGGCCACAACGCGCUGGGGGUGACCGACAUCUGCCUCAUCAUGCCCAGCAAGGGCGAGAGCACCCCGCACACCUUCUGCCGCGUGGACAAGAACCUCAACACCAGCAUGUGGGGCCCGGCCUUGUUCCUGUGCUACAAGAUCGCCAUGGCCAAGGCCAACACGCUGGUGUACGAAGCAGGGCUGCUGGGGCGCUACCCCGAGCAGGACAGCGAGUCCUUCCCGCUGCCCGAGUCCGUGCCCGUCUUCUGCCUGCCCAUGGGCGCCACCAUCGAGAGCUGGCCGGCCGACACCAAGUACCCGCUGCCCGUCUUCUCCACCUUCGUGCUGACCGGCGCCUCGGGCGACAAGGUCUACGGGGCCGCCAUCCAGUUCCACGAAGCCUUUGCCCGCGAGCGGCUGUCGGAGAAGCAGCGGCUGCGGCUGGGGCUGCUGAGCGUGGUGGACCGGCGGCCCAUCGGCGGCCGCUCGGUGCAGACCCGCAAGAGCAUCUGCGUCCUGUCCCACUGGCCCUUCUUCGACGUCUUCCGCAAGUUCCUCAUGUUCAUCUACCGCUACUCCAUCUCGGGGCCCCACGUGCUGCCCCUGGAGACGCACAUCUCGCACUUCAUGCACAACGUCCCCUUCCCGUCCCCGCAGCGCCCGCGCAUCCUGGUGCAGAUGUCCCCGUACGACAACCUGCUGCUGUGCCAGCCCGUGUCCUCCCCGCUGCCGCUCAGCGGGGCCAGCUUCCUGACGCUGCUGCAGAACCUGGGUGCCGACAACGCGGUGACGCUGCUGGUGGCCGUGCUGACCGAGCAGAAGCUGCUCAUCCACUCGCUGCGCCCCGACGUGCUCACCAGCGUGGGCGAAGCCCUGGUCUCGAUGAUCUUCCCCCUGCGCUGGCAGUGCCCCUACAUCCCGCUGUGCCCGCUGGCGCUGGCUGACGUGCUGAGUGCCCCCGUGCCCUUCGUUGUAGGCAUCCACUCCAGCUACUUCGACCUCCACGAGCCCCCCAAGGACGUCAUCUUCGUCGACCUGGACACCAACAACAUCUUCCAGUGAGCGGAGGCACC